AUGCCGAAAUGCCUUGGUUUUAAAGCAUCAUACCUACAUAACCACACGACCAUACCUGCGUCUCUAUAUUCAAUUUCUUACCAAAAAUACUUCUGUUGUGGGAAAGGCAAACUACCUUGCCAAAAUGGAACCUGCAUUAAAAAAAUAUUAUUCAACGACGGUGUCAAUGAUUGUUUCGACAAUUCCGAUGAAGUCGACUCUCCAUGUGUCAAUAAAUUCAGCUGUAAAAAUGGAAAUUGCAUCCCUUUAAACUGGGUGAACGACCAAGCAGAUGACUGCAAGGACAAGAGUGAUGAAGCCAAACGUGUCGACAGUCCGUGUCAGCAACACAAAACGUGUUGUCGCUGUACUGAUUUUAUCCAGAAUUCUGAAUGUGUUGCUAACAAAUGCCGUUGUCUUCCUGGGCAUAUAGCGACAAAUCGAAAGACCAAGUGCGUUAAACGUAGGCUUGGUGACUUGUGUUCUUCAUACAUCGACUGUUCCAGUGCUAUGACAAAUUCUAAGUGUUCACCCUGGGGACACUGCAUUUGUAAAAUGGGUUAUAUCCCAAGACUUAAUCUAACAGGAUGUUCAGCAAGAAAAAUUGGAGACAGCAAUUGCCAAACGAAAGAAGAUUGUAUGGAAGCUGUUGCCAACAGUACCUGUAAUCAAAGAAAGUGUGUUUGUCUUGAAGGAUUUCAACCCAGUGAAGACUUCCAGCAUUGCAACUUUCGUAAAAUUGGUGAUUCCUGCCAAAAAGAUAGCGACUGCCAAAUCAAGGAAGCAGAAUGUCGAGACAGUGUAUGUACAUGUCGGCGGGCGUUCUUUGCGAAGGAAGCCAAAGAUAAGUGUUACAAAAAUAUCAUCGGCAGUAAGUGUUCAGAAGGUUCCGAUUGCAGUGAUGCAAUUGAGGGAAGUCACUGCAAGGAUGAGAAAUGUGUUUGCGACGAGGUUCGCUAUUCGUCUUUUGAUGAUACUAAAUGUAUUAUACGAAAGCUCAACGAUAUUUGUAUGUCUGAUGGAGCGUGUCAGUCAGUUAGACAUAGUCGGUGUUUUAAGCACAGAUGUCUGUGUCUCCUAGGCUAUAUACCCGACUCUGAAGAAAAGCAUUGCAUUCGUCGAACGAUAAAUGACAAUUGUUCCAAGGACGAAGACUGUUCUGCUGUAAUAUCACACUCUAAUUGCUCUCAGGAUAAAUGUCAGUGUCAAACUGGCUAUAUUGCCUCUCAUUUUAAUGCAAAAUGUCUGAAGCGUCAACUCGGAGAUAGCUGUAAGCUGCACCCUGAUUGCAGCACGGCUGUUUCCAACAGUAAUUGUACGUCGGAUGUAUGUAAGUGUAAUUCUGGUUACCGAGCGUCUCAGAGCAAAACUGAAUGUCAUCUCCGGAAGAUUGGACAUGACCACUGUUUACUGGAUACAGACUGUUCGGAUGCAGUGGAGAAUAGCUUCUGUGAUAAACUAUGUUCAUGCUUGUCAGGAUAUAGAGUAAACAAAAACGGGACUGAAUGUCGUAAACGGACAAUCGGUGACGUGUGCAAAUCCCAAACGGAUUGUAUCGAUGCAAUUGCAAAUAGUGAAUGCAACAAUAUUACGAAGGUUUGCAACUGUAUCACUGGUUACCAUUCUUCGAAUCAAGGAAGUGAAUGUAUUAAAAGAAAAAUAUUCGAUCGAACAUGCCAAACAAAUGAUGAUUGUAAUAAAGCGGUUGAAAGCAGUAAUUGCACCAGCGGACAAUGCCUAUGCAAUUCUGGUUAUUAUGCAGCAAAUGACAAUGCCUCUUGUUUAAAAAGGAGAGUAGGAGACGAAAAUUGCAUCUUAAACACAGACUGCAGUGACGUAAUAAAAAAUAGUGAAUGCUUUAAUGGAAUUUGCUUCUGUUUAUCUGGAUUCGGAUCCACUAACGAUUUAGAGAGUUGCUAUCUUCGAAGAAUCGGAGACACCUGUGUCAAGGAGACUGAUUGUUUAGAUGCGAUAGAAAACAGUAAGUGUGGUAGCAGCGGCUGUGAGUGUGAAGCUGGUUACAUGGCUCAUCUGAAUAUGACAGCCUGUCGUUUGAUCAAAAUUUAUGAUUCUUGCCAUCGCCAAAAAGACUGUCGAACAGCAGUCUCUGAUUCAAAUUGCCAACGGGGAUUCUGCCAGUGCAACACUGGAUAUCAAGUCUCUGAAAUGAAUGAUACAUGUACACGACGAAAAAUAGGGGAUACUACCUGUAAUAGAAACAAUGACUGCUCAGCUUCUGUUCCUAACAGUAAUUGUACCGAACAUACUUGCUUCUGUAAUUCAGGGUUUAAAGUACUAGACAAUGGUUUUACAUGUCAGAAACGAAUAGUUGGUGACAGCUGUCAUCUGCAGACAGACUGUAGCGAUGCAGUGCUUCACAGUAAAUGUUCUGAAAACAACUGUGUGUGUUUAUCUGGAUAUAGAACCAGCGGAAACGGCACUCUGUGUAUAAAACGGAUUAUUGGUGAUGAAGGCUGUAUUGUAGAUACAGAUUGCAUUGAUGCUGUGGCUAACAGUACGUGUUCAAACGGAUCGUGCCAGUGCCUUCUAGGCUAUCAUCCGAAUGAAUCAAAGGAGCAAUGCCACAAGAGAAAACUUGGUGACCAUACUUGUAAGCGCGAUAUUGACUGUAGCAAAGCUAUAGAGUUCAGCAAAUGCCUCAACGGUACAUGCCGCUGUCAGGUUGGAUACUUUGGUGCUGCCAACAGAAGUUCUUGCACGAUCAGGAAGAUAUACGACGCUACAUGUACCGUGGAUGAAGAUUGUAGCGCUGCCGUCAACAAUAGCCACUGUAGAAGCAAAACUUGUUUGUGUCGCUCGGGCUUCCAGGCAAGUGCCGCAAAUACAUCUUGUAUUCUUAGAACUAUUGGAGACACUUGUAUGGAGCAGAGCGAUUGUUUUAAUGCAGUGGAGAACAGCAAGUGCGUUUCCGGUAAAUGUGACUGCAUAACGGGUUUCCACGCUCAGGACGAUGGAAGUUUGUGUAAUAUUCGAAAGAUAUUUAGCUCUGGAUGUAAAAAUAACGAAGACUGUUCUAGUGCUGUGGCAAAUAGCAGUUGUAGACACGAUACAUGCCUUUGCCUCUCAGGAUUCCAUGUUAACAACUUAAAUACAACAUGUACACUACGAAAAAUCGGCGAUAAAACAUGUUCAAUAAACAGGGAUUGUAGUGAUGCUGUAGCCCAUAGCAUUUGUUCAGGUGGUACCUGCAAGUGUCGAAGAGCUUAUGCCGUAACACAGAAUUCUUCAGUUUGUUUUAAACGACCAGUUUUAUUAGGGACUCAACCAUGCCUAUACACGUCCCAGUGUAAGAACAUUCAUCCUCUGAGUAGCUGCGCUCUAUCCAACACUAUCAAGGACGAAAGUAAUAGUGAUAAUGAUGAGUAUUUGCGUUGUCUUUGCCCGAAUGACUACUUUAUCGGCCUUUACAGAAGAAAUUGUAUAAAAUUGCCUCAUAAAUUAAAUGACUCAUGUCUAACUACAUCGCAAUGCACCCUUGCUAUUAAAAACAGUGUAUGUAAUAAAUCACAGUGUAUGUGCCGAGACAAGCAUUUUGAAACAGACGGAGGAAAGCUUUGUCACUCUUUGCCAAAAUUUAUUGGCGAUAGAUGUGAAACCCACUCACAUUGUUACUCUCGAUUGAGUAAUACAGAAUGUGUCAAAAAUAAAACUUGUAUCUGUAAAUAUGGAUUCAGGAGUUCGCCCGACGAUUCCAAGUGUGUCUCACGCCCGAAACUAACUUCAUAUAUACCAAUGCCACCUCUGCAGCACACAACUUGUGAUGAGUCUAAUUCUUGUGGUCUAAAUGCACACUGCGUGAACGUUACAGAGUGGAAAUCAAUAUGUCAAUGUAUACCUGGUUAUUCAUCUACUGUAGGCGAAGAACUAAAUUGUAGAGAGGCAAUGACGUUUUUGCUAGAUAUCGAGUUACGAGAAGAAGCUGGUACUUUCGACUACAAACCGUUAUAUUAUAUCUCAGAAUACGCCGAUAAAACGCACAAACAGUAUGAAUAUAUCAGUAAUCGGAUUUUACGAUCAGGGAUAGAUUCCAUAUAUUUUGCAAACAAUAAUUUGGGUUAUCAGUCAAGCUCUUUAAUUGAUAUUUCACCUCUCAAUAAUGACUCUGGAAUUGAAGCAAGUGUGCUUUUAUACUUAGAAUACAAUACCAACUUAACAGUUGACGAUGUUUAUUCCGUCUUUGAGGAUCAUGUUAAAAUGACAAAUGGUAAAGUAGGCAGAAGCAAACUCCGUAUUGGUACCUCUCAUCACAAUUCUUUUCAUAUGGAAGAUGUGGACGAAUGCUUAUAUCCCGAUCUAAACGACUGUUCAGUUUAUGCCUGGUGCGUCAAUACGAAUGGAAGUUACAUAUGUUAUUGUAAAGAAGAGUUCCAAGACACAUCGCCAAGAUUGCUGGUAGAACCAGGCAAGAUAUGUUCAGUGAGAAAAGAGCCACCCCACUCACAUGAGUCAUGUUCAGAAGGAAACUGUGACACGCGAUGGGGAUAUGUGGUACUCUGUUUAAUUAUUCUUGGUGUAUUAUUAUUGCUGACAGUUAUAGAAAUAAUAAUGAAAAGACGAGAGAUUGCAGCUGAAAACAACAAAUACAUGUUACAGGCAGACAAAUAAUGCUGAAUCUAGCUACAAAUAAAAAUCAAGAAUAAAAUGAUGAUGAAGCUGGAAGCAGAUUAUCCUCGAACUGAAACAAAAUUUCACUGAAGCCUAUUUUGUUGAAAUGGUUCCUUUUACAAAUCCCAAUCUCUUCAACACAUUCCAUACAGUGAUACCAAAAGUUUGUUGAGUAAGAAGCAAUUCAUUGGCUCUAAACUGGCACCACUUGAAGAAAUCCGUGUCUGUCCAGGUUCCAAGGGUCAGGUCAGCUUGAAGUGAGCCCAACCAACUUCAUGCAAUGCUACUUAUAGAAUGAUUACAAAUAAUCAUAACUAAUUAAAAAUGAACAUUCAUCAUU